AUGGAUGGCAUUUUCUCUAAUUUGUAUUCGGCGCUUGAACGCCAUGGAAUCCAUGGCUCUGUCCGACAAGAGCUCGCCACAGCCGCCUAUGAUGAUUAUAAUCAAUGGCUCGGCCACGUUGGAAAGGUUAUGGUCUCUACCUCAGGGAACACCAUCAGCGGACUUCCGUUGCACGGCCACAUGCAUAGUGAACGAUCCAGCAUCAUCCUUCGUUUCCAACUUGAUACCGAGGAGGAUAUCGCUAAAUUCAAUAAGCCGCCUGAAUGGGCCCGUGAUCGACCGAUCACUGAUGCGCCGGUCUUUGAGCCAUCGGCCAUUGUGAAAAAGCUGAAAAAGCUGCAUAGCAAAGAGGGUCACUGGGACAGCCUCUGUGGUGCGAAAGUUAACGGUAAAAUCUUAGAGCUCGAUUUGAGAUCCGAUGCAGACGAGUCUGUGGCUCUUGCCGCGUGA